AUGCACUGUGGUGGCAAACUAAUUCUCUUCGCUGAUGCCGAUGGCGCCACGAAGUUUUCGGAUAUUGAAAAGUUGGAAAAGGGCCUAAUGCGAAUAAGUCGAGGGCUUGACGAGACGUUUCCUGUUGUCGCUGUUGGAUCGAGAGCUCAUCUCGAGGCAGAAGCAACUGCAACACGCUCGCUUUUUCGGAAUUUCCUGAUGCAUGGUUUCCACUGGCUAGUUUAUCUAUUUUCUUCACGGACUGUUCGGGACACACAAUGUGGAUUCAAGCUGUUCACCAGAGCGGCAGCCGCCAGGGUAUUUCCUGUGCUCCACGUUGAACGAUGGGCUUUUGAUGUUGAACUCAUCUAUCUAUGUGAGCUUUGGAUGAUACCCAUAGUGGAGAUUUCUGUGACCUGGCACGAGGUGGAAGGCUCCAAAAUAGUUCCAGUUAUAUCAUGGUUACAGAUGGGAAGAGAUUUGAUUCUCAUCUGGUUUCGGUAUCGUUUCGGGAUUUGGACGGACACCGUCCAAGAGUGA